AUGGCGCAGAAACCUGGUGGCCAGGACAUUUCAAACCGAGUUGGAGAACAUCUUGAGAAACUAACUAAAGUAAUACUAACAGGCGCAAGAGCAGUCCUUCCAGUCUUCCGCACAACCCCAAAGCCAGUCCUUUAUCGAGAGUCUGGAUUCUCUCCACCAGAAAUCGAACUAGAUCGAAUAGCCCUCCUUGCAACUGUCCGCCUACGGCGUCUCGACCCUUAUCACCCACUUCGAAGACGCGCAGAACAGAUCGCUAGUAAUGGCCGACAAAUCAGCCGAUUUGCCCGCCGUACACUGGCCCUCCCAAACUCUGAACAGAUAAACCCUCUCCAAUACGCUCCCUGGUACCCUCGCGAGCCUCGUGGGAAUGCUCAAGCUCGAAUAGGAGCUCCCAUGGGACGCACUAAGGAACAGGCAGCGGCUAAUUUCAUGGCUUUUCAACGUACCAUCCCUAGCUCAGAUAUUGUAAUCUUUUCAGAUGGAUCUAGGCUAGCAGACGGACGUGCAGGGGGUGGCUAUAUUGGACUUCAAGCACACCAUCAGUUCCUCCGCUCCUCACUCUCAUACGGACACGGGAAAGAGGUCUUCGACGCAGAAGCAGAAGCAGCUCUAGCUGGCGCUCAAGCAGCAAUAGCGUACCCAACAGCUCAAUUUGCUACCAACCUAUGGAUCUGCCUUGACAACCUGGAAGUUGCCAUACGCCUUUUAUCUCCCUCUACAGGAUCUUCCCAAGAAAUCUUUGAAUCCUUCCGCACCCUUGCAGCCGCCUGGCCACUUCGCAAAAGGCUUCCUCACACCAAAAGCGGAUCUAUCCAAAUCCGAUGGGUCCCUGGACACGCCAAAAUCCCUGAGAACGAAGCGGCUGAUCUCGCUGCCAAAGAGGGAGCUGCCUCAAUCCCUCCUGAUCCUCACAAAUCCUCAUACGCCUCGCUAAAGAGAUACGCCAAGACUCAAUCCCUAUCCGCUGCUCAGUCACAAUGGGAGAAGGUGGCACCACAGAGCUAUCAAGAUCUAGAAAUAACCACUUCCCCUAAGCGCCCUGGGGAGCUUCAACUCAACCGACUUGACCUCGGCCAUGUUAUUGCGGCCCGUACUGGUCAUGGAGACUUUGCAGACUACCAUGAACGCUUCAAUCAUGAUGAUGCUUAUCUUCUCUGCCGAUGCGGAGCACGAAAAGCACCUCUGCACUUCUUCUUCUGUCAUAUAGCUAAGAGACGAGCCCCUCGGCCUCCUGGGCCCCCUUCUGAGGUUAUCUCUUUUCUCUUAGGCACUGCUAAAGGAGCACAAAAGCUAGCCUCAUGGCUAGCAGAGACCCACUUCUAUGAGGAUAUCUGCCCUCGCCAACCUCUCCUUAGCACCUAG